CAAUCGAGACGUUUCCUUUCACGAGCUUAUAAAGGGUCUUAACUCCAUCGCGGACCAUCAUUCGAACAGCGUCAAGGACAGGAAAAUUCUGCAGGAUGACUCGUGGAAUUCCAGACUUCGUUGCAGCAGCAGCUGUGGUCUUUGCCUCGAUUCUGGCCUGUGAAUGUAUCACAGGUGGCGAAGAAGCGACCGCGCACUCUAGACCCUACAUGGCAUCGCUUCAGUUAAAUAAAGAUAGCAAUUAUAAGCAUGAAUGCGGUGGAUUCCUGGUGGCAGAGCAGUGGGUCAUGACUGCCGCUCACUGUGUGCUUGAAGGGAAAGAUGGGAUGAGGAUAGUUUUAGGGGCACAUUCCUUGACCGAAGCUGAUGAUCUGAAGCAGAAUUUUGCCGUUGCUGAAGUUUUCAGUCACACUGAGUUCAACCGCGAUAACUAUGACAACGACAUUGCUUUGCUCAAGCUGGAUCGCGCCGCGGCCAUGAGCGACGCAGUGAAGACCCUGCAGCUCCAGCGGGACGGGGGGGCGGACCCGCAGACCGACGACGUGGUCAGCACGGCCGGCUGGGGCUCCAGGAACAACAUGGGCUCCCGGCCCGACAAGCUGCAGGAGGUGGACAUCAAGGUCAUGCGCCGGAACCUGUGCGGCCGCAGCGACUACUACGGGAAGGGCUUCACCGACAACCUGAUGUGCGCUUCUGAGAAGCGCAAGGACACCUGUGACGGCGACUCUGGCGGUCCCCUCCUCUUCAAAGGGGUGGCGGUGGGCAUCACCUCCAACGGCGGGAAGAAGUGCGGGACGGUCCGCAAGCCCGGUUUGUACACCAUCAUCUCGCACUACACCCAGUGGAUCGACCGCACCAUGCAGCAGUAGGGCAGGCCGGUGCGGGCCCAGCCCAAAUCAUACUCUGCUCUAUACCUGGCCUUUCUAUCAGACUAAAAAUUAAGUAAACUGUAUGUAUUUUCUUGGAAACCUAUGUACACAAAGGCAAACAUCAAUAAAGUUUAUAUUUCCGAACCUGGCUUUUAUAUUAGAGUGAAUUCAAUGAACCCAUAUGUAUUUUCUUGGAAACCUAUGUACACAAAGGCAAACAUCAAUAAAGUUUAUAUUUCCGAACCUGGCUUUUAUAUUAGAGUGAAUUCAAUGAACCCGUAUGUAUUUUCUUGGAAACCUAUGUACACAAAUGCAAAAAUCAAUAAAGUUUAUAUUUCAGAAGAUGGCCUUUAUGUCAGAGUAAACUGAGUGAACAAUAUGUAUUUUCUUCGAAACCUAGGUUAGGAAAUUCAAACAUCUGUAAAGUUUAUAUUUCAGAAGUGCUGUCAGUGAAUUGUCAGUUGUGUGAUGUACAGUUUUAUAUCAUUGCUUACAUAAAAACAUAAUAAAAAUGUG